CACCUUUCAAAACCCAUGCGCCCAAAUUUUCACAACUCCAAACCAAAUUUCUUCUUCCCAGACAUGGUUGACAACAGAGACAUUGUUCCUACAAACCCUCAACUGACCUGGUCCUGGUCCUGGUCAAGAAAUCUCAAUAAAUUAGGGGACAACGAACAACAAACUUCACCACUGCCACCUCGGAAACCUAACCUCGUCACUCUUCCGGGAUCGGAAGUGGCUCCUCCUCCGCCGUUGACGGCUGAGUGCAAGCGCCCUGGCAAGUUUUCGCAUCCGGCAAUCCGGUGGCCGUUAUAUGCUUUGGGAGGAUUCCUUAUUGCGAGGUGGGCUUUGAAAAAAUGGAAAUCUGGGGAGGACGAAGGCAAAAACUAAUAUUAAAAACCAUAUUUUCGGCGCCCAAGAAGUAGCCUUCGAAAUGCUGUGUGAGCCAAGGAAUUAGGCUUCAAAUAAAAUUCUUUAAAUUACUAUGAUUAUUGUAACAAUUACAGUAAUUAAAAAUUUCGAAAUUGAUUACAAUUA